UCUAUGGUAUGUGUCCAUUGUUUUUCUACAAUGUUAUUUUUCUGACUGCUGCUGGUGGACGAAAAUUUUAUCUCGCUGCGUCGAGUGUGGGUCUGUGCUAGUGUUCGUGUUCGAUACAGUGAUUUAUUUGAAAUAGAUCACGAAGAUGUCGUCACCGAGCGCUGGAAAACGUCGGAUGGACACGGACGUCAUAAAACUUAUUGAAAGUAAACAUGAGGUGACAAUACUCGGGGGUCUGAACGAGUUCUGUGUGAAAUUCUUCGGACCUCCUGGAACUCCGUACGAAGGUGGCGUAUGGCGCGUGCGAGUGCACUUGCCGGACCACUACCCCUUCAAGUCACCGUCCAUCGGCUUUAUGAACAAAGUCUACCAUCCUAACAUCGAUGAAGUAUCGGGCACAGUAUGUCUGGAUGUCAUCAACCAAGCCUGGACAGCUCUAUACGAUUUAUCGAAUAUAUUCGAAUCGUUCCUACCGCAGCUUCUUACGUAUCCAAACCCCAUCGAUCCACUGAACGGUGACGCAGCUGCCAUGUACCUCCACAAACCGGAGGAGUACAAAAAAAAGGUCUCGGACUACGUGCGGCGCUUCGCGACGGAGGAGGCGCUGCUGGAGAAGGACGCCAUCACGGGCGCGGGCGCGGUGGCGCGCAACGGCGCCGCGUCCGACACGGAGUCGUCCAUGUCCGAGUUCAGCGACGACGAGGCGCACGACAUGGAGUUAUAACGAACUGUGCGACGUGCGCGCCGCGUGCCGGCCGGGGUACUCUCGUGUUAAGUAGCCAUCCGCCGAUUGCAUUUCGUUCGCUGAAUCGAAAUGGACUGGUUGUUUUUUUUUCUCAGCGUCUGUGUUGCUAGCGACGAGGGCGCCCUGUUCGUUUUUUUUUUUUUUUUUUGUCGUCUCUCGACCGCUUUGUACGUGAUCGCGUGUGGCAUGCCAAAUUGUUGGGUAUAUUUUUCGGUCGCGACUGUUUCUCUUUAAUAUAUGGUUGUGCGUUGUGUCUCGGUUCCUCGAUCGAGUACAGAGUCGAGAUCCGUCUUUCGUUGAAUAAAUGUAACUUUAAAAUAUGUGUGAAAAUUUUGAAGUUUCUAAUUGAUAUUUAAAUCUAAUAUACAUAUGAAUUUAUCUGUGAUUGUCAAUAUACUUUCAACUGUAACGGGGCGCCCGAUUGUAAAAGGUUGUUUUACUACCUCAACAAUGUUAUAUAUAUAAAAAAAAUACUUAAAAGGGACAAUUUAUCCUUAAAAACGUCUUUUUAUAAACCUUAGACAUAUCUUUAGAAAUGAGUUUAUCGAUUGUAUUAAUUUUUACCUUCUGACAUUAGACCGAUAAGUUUUAAAGCUAAAAUUUUAGUUGUAAUUGAAUCGAGGUAGUAAUAUAAUCUGUGGUCAAAAAAAAAAACAACACGUCACAGCAAUUUUCCAAUCGAACAGUGUAAAGCCAGUUAUAUAUUAUAUAGUAUGUGUACUGUGUCCGCUGUCAACUCGUUAAUUUCGUUAUUUGUAUAAUGUAUGGACCACAAAAUGCCAAUUUUAGGAUUCUAGAUCGAAAACUGCUCAGAAAAAAAGUAAAUGACAGUGGACACAAAAGUGCUUUAAAAUAUGUGGAAAUUUUUCAAUAUAAUUGUAAUUUGUAAUCUAAAAUUGGUGUGUCAGGAAAGUUUACUCGAUAAAAUUGUUUAUGGCUUGUCUAUGAAUACAGACGCAAGUCAUUAUCCGAGAAUAGACAAAAAAAAAGUGUUAAUCAAACGACCCGCUCUGUAUUUCAAUAUUUUACCCGACUAUUUUAUUUGAUUUUUGAUAAUUAACAAUAUUAUAACUAACCUUAGCUAAGAUUUUUUGAUUAUAUUAUGUAUAAAGCGAUAUUUGAAGUCCAAUUUAAUGGAAUAAAUUAAAAAAAAAAAAAUAACAACGCUUCUUAUAAUAUAUGCAAUGAAUAUUUUGAUGAUAAUUAAUUUUAUGUCAUAUAGCUAUUGUCAGUUCAAAUGGACGUAUGUUAAUAUAUUUUUUUUUAAUUUAUGACUUUGACAGAUUAUUUUAACAUACAAUGAUUACUAUGGCAACAAGGAAAGGGCAUAUGAAUAUUAUAUAAGCGAAACAAUAAUGACAGAAACAUUGCUCGAUUGGUGUUUAGUUAAAUAAUGUUGUAUACUUUUUGUCAUCAAUGAUUUGACAAUAAAAAGAAGAGGACGGCAUUGUCUAAUUAAACUCCCCGUAAAAAUUUAUAGGUGAAGCCGUAUUUCCUUACUUACGAUCCUUUGCAAUACCAAUAGCGAUAUGAUAAAAUUUUAAUUUUUAUAUUACACGGUUAAAUUAAGAAGACAUUUCAAUUUUUUAUUAUUAAUGAAACAUUGUGCAUAUUCAUUUCGUAUAGAUUAUAAAAUUACAAAUGUUAUUGUAACUUUUUAAAUGUCCGUCGUUAUAUAUAAGAAAAAUGCUUAGACAUAGUCGGGUUUGUGUUUUUUGUCGUCUUGGUUGAUGGCGUGUGUCUUGUAAGUUACGCUUAAUGUUAGCGUUAUAUAAAGAAUUGUGUUCAAAUUGAUGUUAUUAUCGAUUCGAGUAGUUUGAAACGGCUUCGAGAGGAAUACGAAGGAAAUUUUUAGUAGGGUCUGUGUAAUAAAAAUACUUUUAUAAUCUGUGUAAUUCGAGAAAGUGCAUCGUCUAUGCUUCAGAGCUAUUGUCUCUAUAAUUCCUGGAUAAGAAUGCUUAUUAUUAAAUAAGUUCUCGAAUUUUAUGAUAACGAUAUUGCUAAUGAAAUUAACUUUUACACUAUUUAACGUAAUACUGGCAGCACGACGGAUGUGAGUGAGCAUGGUAGGGUUUUUGUAAAUAUCUUUUUAAUCUGUCCCCAUAGCAUAAACCAACUUAAAUCGAAAAGCCCGUUGUCGGACUAAAGUCAUCACUUUAUAUCUCAUAGGUAUUUAAUAUUUUUUUUUUAUUAUUAUAGUGAUAAUUUUUAAAUAAAUGUGUCAAUGUCUAUAUUCUCUGUCCAUCUCCCUCACACGUGACUACCGUAGUGUAGUUUACUUUUCGAAUGGCAACACUUUGAGAUUUGACAGUGACAGUUAUUAUGUCUACAAUAAAAUGAUAUCAUUCAUCUCAUACUGUGAUCAAAUCCUUUCGACAAAAGGGAUAUUUUUCGUGAAUUUGUCAAUAUAGAGGUUGAGAAAUACAAUUGUUAGCAGUUGUUAGUUUAAUUUUUGUUUUAAUAGUACUCCGCUUUAGCACAAUUUAUAUUCAAUUUUCAAUGUUGCCUUUUAUAUCGUUUCAAAAAAAAAUACGCCUUUAAACAUCAUGCCAACAGAUGCUAAUCAAUAUACUGUUUUUUUUUUCUUAAAAAAUAAUGUUCAAAUUUCUUUCUCUACAGCAUGUUGCUACGUAAAACCUUCUCCUCAACAGGGAGAGGAGGCCUUAGCCCAGCAGUGGGACAUUAACAGGCUAUUACUGUUACAGCAUGUUGCUACGUUACUACAAAUAGCCCUCUAUGAUACUUGUAUAAAAAACCUAUUAUAAAUGAUCUUAAUUUGGAAGUAUUUAAACGAACUUGAGAAAUGAAAUGAUAUAUUACACAAAGUGAAACUGAUCAGAGCGAAUACUCAUAAAGUGAUUGACGAUUUUUUUUUUUUUUUUUAGUUUUAUGCUCGCGUGUUCGCACAGGUGUGGCCGUAACAUUAAAUAUAUAAUUUCGUUUUCGCUUUUAAAUCGUUCUGUCACGAGUUUGUCUUAUAUAGAAGGCGAUGUUUGAUGUUAUUUUUCUAGCGCAUAUAUUUGACGGCUUUACCAAAUAGUUAGCAUUUUUUUUUUUUUUAAAUAUUCGAUGACUCGUUAGCAACAACGCUUUUUGUCCUGCCGAUGAGUUUUGGACUUGUAAUGUUCUUUUUGAUUUCGCGUCGUUUUUUUUUUUUUUUUCGAGUUCAAAACAGAAUUUCUCUGAAAAUACUUUUUUUCGGUAUAAAUUGAUGUUUUAUAAAUUGAUUUCAAUACACGUCUUUAUCUUAUCUAUCAACAAGGACAUUACAAAAACGAAUAAGACACAGAUCUCUAAAUAUGACAUUUUGCGAUCCUAAAAGUGUUGCAAUCGUCUUAAUAGUUAAGUCUAGGUUACGUAUAGAAUAUAACAUGAAAAAAAUAUAUAUAUUAAUAAUAUAGACAUAUAUGUAUCUUCGAAAUGAUAACUCAAGCCAUAAUAAUAUAUUUUGGUAUAAGGAGAUAAAAAGUUAAAUUUUCUUAGUUGUGUAGAAGUUGGGUUAAUGGAUGUUUUUUUUUUUUAAUUUAAAAGUUUCUGGUAGAUUUUUUCGAGCUUUCGAGCCCACCCAGCUUUCGGGUUGAUCCACAUUCAGAUUACAUCCCUCUGUGACGAGGCGAAGAUUUUCAAAUGGACUUCCAUUGAGACGUGUUUUUACCUGUUGACUAUUUUUUUUUUUAAUUGUUUUUAACGUCGUUGUAAUGUCAGUAAUUUGAUUGGAAAUGCAGUACGAGUACAUUUGAAAAUGUUAGCCGAUGCAAUAGUGAAGCGAUCCAAUCGGUUUCGAUGCAAAUUUUUCAUCGGAACACGUCGCGUCACUACUGUUUCUUGUUUUCAUGUUAAACUAGCGCACUAAAAUAAUUUGAUUGGAUAAUAAUUUUUAUGGCCGCAAUGUGAAAUCAGUUAUUCAUGUAACACAAUAAACGUUUAUAGUAUAUUUUUAUUUCAUUACAUGUAAUAAACUUACGUUAUUUUGAAACUAAA